GGCGCGCGGGGGAAGAUGUCGGGCGGCGACGCGAAGAAGCUGGUGCGCUCCCCCAGCGGGCUGCGCAUGGUGCCCGAGCACCGCGCCGCCCGCAGCCCCUUCGGCCUGGACGAGCCGCCCUGGGUGCCCGACAAGGAGUGCCCAAGAUGUAUGCAGUGUGAUACAAAAUUUGACUUCAUAACUAGAAAGCAUCACUGCAGAAGGUGUGGGAAGUGUUUCUGUGACAAGUGCUGCAGUAAGAAAGUGCCUCUGCCCCGCAUGUGCUUCGUGGACCCCGUGCGGCAGUGCGCCGAGUGCGCCCUGGUGUCGCAGAAGGAGACCGAGUUCUACGACAAACAGCUCAAAGUGCUCAUGAAUGGUGCUACAUUCUUUGUAACUCUGGGAACAUCUGAUAAAUCUGAGCUCAUGGUUUGUCGACUUUCCAACAACCAGAGAUACCUGGUUUUGGAUGGAGACAGCCAUUAUGAAAUUGAAAUUAUACAGAUUUCAACUGUUCAGAUACUUACAGAGGGAUUUACUCCUGGAGAAAAAGAUAUUCACACUUACACCAGCCUCCUGGAGAGCCAGCCUGUUACUGAAGGAGGCAACACUCGUGCCAUAGGAAUGGUCCUGCAGUACAAGGUCCCGGGGUCGGAGGAGGUGAUGCAGAUGAAGUUUACUGCUGGUGAAGACUUCAGCUGUAACAAGAAGCUGUCAGCAGCCUGGCUGGCAGCUAUGCAUAAGGCGACAAAACUUCUCUAUGAGUCUCGGGACCAGUGAGAACUGCAGCUGUGGCCUCCUGAGGGCACACACAGACACCAGCCUCCACAGACCUGCCUCUCACUUUGUGCUGAUUUGACAGCUGGAAAUAUUUGCUGUUCUUGACUCUCUCUCUCAUUCCAGCGUGGUUCAUUAUGUAAGAACUGGCAAAUGCAAUGUGAGUAUUUUUUUGAACCAUGAGUAUUCACGGUAGUGUGCAAUAUGUAUACAGUUAAUGCUUUAAACAGCCUCACCUUUUAAGACUUUGUAUAUUUUGUUAAGCCUUUACUGGCACUUAAUAUGAAAGUGACCUGCACUACAGCUAAUGUACAGCACAACUUUUAUAGUAACCAUUAUAUAUACUGUUUGCUACAGGAAGCAAACAAAUGUGUAUGUCUCUUCUGCAGAGAAUAGCUUUUGGGUAUAGAUCUCAGGUUUUUCCCUCUAUCCAAAUGUUUAAAAUCAAUGUACAAAAAGAAAUCUGCCUUAGAUAUGAUUUUAUAGAAAUCACAUGGGUUUUUUUAAACAUUUAAUUUUGAACAUCUAAAUUUUUCACUGAAUACCACCAGGUUUGACUUGUAUGAACUCAACCGUGAAACUUCACUUCUGUAAUAAGCUUCCAGAAUAAUUUUUAGUUUUGUAUUUUCUUUUUUGGUAAUGAGCUUUUGUUAAUCUAACUGUAAUGCUAUCUGAAAUUGUAUACAAUUUAAUGUACAAAUAUGAAUAAAUUAAUUCACUUAUUUAAAAAAAGGUGUUAUUUAAUUUUGUAAUAUACAACUUCUUUAGUAAUGGCCACCAUAGUCUCUGAACUGUAAAAAAUUUCACUUUUUCUAAAGAAAACACUACUUUUAGUUCUAAGUUAACUUUUCCCAGUUGGAAUACUGGGAUACUAGUGUGUAAGCACAUCUUCAGUGAAGCUGAUAAAACAAGGAGGAAAGAUGGGUU